GAAUGUAAUAGAGCUCUUUGUUUAGAUGUGUCAACUAGGUGGAAUAGCACCUAUACGAUGCUAGAUGUGGCAGGAAAAUUUCAGAGGGCUUUUGAGAGAUAUGAUAGGCAAGAUCCUCAGUUUGAAAAAGAAUUGAAUGUUGCACCACUUAGAGUCCCAAAUGACAAGGAUUGGGAUGUUGUGAGAAAAAUGGCUACCUUUUUAAAAUUCUUCUAUCACAUGAUAGUUAGGGUUUCAGGGAGUUUAUAUGUCACUUCCAAUUCAUUUCUGCCUGAAAUUAGUGCAAUUAAUAAGAUCUUGCAAGAUUGGAAAUGUUCCAAUGAUAUUGAACUCAGUUUGAUGGCAAAUAGGAUGAUAAAAAAGUUUGAAAAGUAUUGGGGGCAGCCUGAGCAAAUGAAUAAAGUUAUUUUCAUUGCUGUAAUUCUUGAUCCAACUAAAAAACUGGAAUUCCUCACAUUUGUCUUAACAGAAAUGCAUGGUUUAGUUAAAGGGAAAGAGCUUGAAAAAGUGAUUAAAGAGGCAACUUACAAAUUGUUUAAUGCAUACAGAAAUUGUAAUGAGUCAUCUCAUAUCUCAAAAUCUGGGUUUGAAAAUAUGGGGUCGAUUUCUUCAACUUCAGAUGUUGUAGUUUCUGGUUCUGAUUGUCAAGGCAUUGAUGGUCUAAUGAAUAGAUUUAAAAAAUUCAAAAAUCAAUCUGGUUCUGCAAUUGAAAAGACAGAACUAGACAAAUAUUUGGGUGAAGAUGUAGAAGAUGAACAAUCCUUUGAUAUCUUGCGUUCGUGGAAGGUGAAUCAACCAAGAUUUCCAAUCUUGGCUGAAAUGGAAAGAGAUGUUCUAGCUGUCCCAAUUUCUAUAGUUGCAUCUGAAUAAACCUUUAGUACUGGGGGUAGGGUACUAGAUGACUUUCGAAGUAGCUUGACACCAAAAAUGGUGAAAGCAUUAAUCUGUGCCCAAGACUGGAUUCGACCUUGCGCAAAACCAGUCAGUAUUGAGGAGGAUUGCAAUCUUCUUGAGAAAAUAGAACAAGAUUUGGCUGUGGAUUACUCAACUCCAAAUACUCUUGAUAAGUAAAAUGGUUAUGGUAUUUAUUGAGGUUAUGGUUUUUGACUUUUUGUUAUUUUUGA